GCAGGUAAAGGACUCAACUUCAGGCGCAGACGGUGGCCGCCAUCGCUGUUGGACAUCAGCACAAUCACCAGAGUGUGAUCUCCGCCUUCGGGACCAUCUAUAAGAAGGAGGGCAUCCUGGGGCUGUGGCGCGGGGUGAAUGGCGCCGUCCCGCGGGUCAUGGUUGGAUCUGCCGUACAGUUGGCGUCAUUCGCUAAUGCUAAAGAAUGGGUGAAGAAGCGGAAGUGGUUCCCGGAAGACAGCUGGUUGGUGCCGCUGGGCGGUGGGAUGAUCAGUAGCGUUGGUGUUGCCAUAGCGAUGACUCCGUUUGAUGUGGUCAGCACUCGUCUCUAUAACCAACCAGUGGACGGCGCUGGCCAGGGGCGGCUGUACCGCGGCUUCCUGGACUGUUUCCUGAAGAUCACGCACAAGGAAGGGCUCCUGGCCCUCUAUAAGGGCAUCGUUCCAGCCUACGUCCGCCUGGGCCCUCACACCAUCCUCAGCCUGCUGUUCUGGGAGGAGCUGCGGAAACUGACCUAUUACUAUCAGCACCAGUGAGGCCACGCUGACGCGUGGAGACACCAGGAGCACGGAGCCCCUAGGUCGAAGCCUACGUUCUGAGGCCCCGGGGAAGAUUAUCCCUGAGAGCUGACUGAGUCUGAGGAGCCGCUCUCCUGCGAGGGCUGGGGAUCUGUUCCAGGAGGGUGAGCUCCCGAGGCUCUGAGGUUAUGGGGUGACGGCACCUCCCCCGCAGGACGGACGGGGACACUACCUGGACCAUUUGCCGUCACACCGAGGUCUCUGGAUAUGAUUGAGGAUUAGCCGCUGUUCCAGCAACCGCUCCGUGGUAUUUCAAGUCUGGGGUGCACGAGCCCAGCCCCCCCUUCACCAGUAAUAAUCUUCCCCCUUGGCUUCUAGCCCUUCACCGGGGGCGGCUGUGGGUACCGGCUCAGGCCUGGCAUGAUGCCCCCUGUGUUUGUUGGGAACUACGCCUGGGAUGAGCUGCAGCGUGACGGCAUAGGGUGCUGCUAUAAACCGAGAUCAGACGUUAACCAGGGACUUGAUGAAAAGCAGAGAACAGAUCUCCAGUAAAUGCUUCUGCCGUAACUCAGGGAUCAUCUCAGAAAUCUAUUCGCGGAAUCCAGAUUCUGUAAUUCUGUUCAUUUAAGAACUGAUUCUGUUUUUACUCUACACCUGGAGUCUUGCGGUCUGGGAUUAGCGCCGGCUGCAGCUGCUGCGGAACAUCCAUCAUUAAUCACCGGGGAUAUUGCAGAUUGCAGAAAGUUCCCUGUUCUUUUCAUACGGUGCUAUAUUGACGAUGUAGCCUGGGGCACUACAAGUCCCAGGGUCCAGCUGUUCGCCCUUGGCAUGCUGGAUCAUGUAGUACCUCAGGAACGGGAGCAUUAGGGGUCACCUGGAGUUACAGAAAGUCACAUAUGGUCUUCAUACAUAUUAAUGACUGACGUUAAGCAGCCGGAACAUCUUCCAAGUGUCGUCUGUGCCCCCUGUAUGGCGCCAUCUGCUGGAGGGUCAGAUAAUAAACCCAAGUGUCCUGCAGCGCUGUGUUCUUCAUGGUAUGACGGACUCUGGACCAGAAGGGACGUCUCCAUUCUGUUCUGUAUCUGGACGAUCCACCUCCAUGCAACUUUAUUCUUGUUGACUUGUGUGCGCGCUCCUGUCGCUGCUACUAAAUACAAUUCUCCGCUGCAGAUGCCAGAAGAAGAGGAAGAAGCCGGAGAGAGCCGCGUGCUUAGUAAAGGUUGCGUGACGACAACGGAUAAAGUUGCAUGAAGGUGGAAUAUUCCCGUAAGAGUGCGGUGGACCACAUGAGUGUAUGGCGGUACUGAUUAGGGGGAUCUCUGGGGUUUGGGGAUUUGAUGCCGGUUGGUGUACAGCCAGGGACAGGUCUAGAUUUAGGGGUGAGGACGGGUGUCUGCCUGUAUACAUCACCCCAUGGUGCCUCUCCUGUGGCUUCGGUGACUGGAUGCAGACAAUGAUCCAGUAUCGGGGUGGGGGAGACGGCAGGAGAAUUGCACUAAGGAUUGAGGUCAGCGUCUGCUCUGGUCCUAGAUCCGUCAUUGCUUAGCCUAAGUGCAAUGCCCUGUUCCAGUGUCCCUGAUCUCCCCCCAUCAUUGGGCCGGUUCUAGGACAGAGCAGGGGGGGUUUCCUGUGCCCCAGCAAUGCCGGCUGUGGGACUGCGAUCAUUGCCUUUACUGGACAUAACAAGGAUCUUGUCUUCUGUUCUUUCUGUCCCCGGGAAGUUUCGUCUGCUGCUGCCGGAACCCCUCUGCCCCCAGCGUCUGACCAUCCCAGGGUUUAUGUGCCCCCGGGUACCUCACUUGUAACUAUGAGCCCCCCCCCCCAGCCACAGAAGUAGCACACUGCACCAGCUAUGCAUACAAAGUUAGAACAGAAACAGGAUUCAACCCAGCAUCUUUCGUAAGAAGUUGUACUAUGCAUCUGCCCAUACAUGUAGAAUAAAAAUAUAAAUGGUGAAUUGCACAUAGCAUUUGGACCACGGUAAGUUAUACUGUGCAUCUGUCUAUACAUACAGAAUAAAAAUAGAAAAUAAAUUGCACACAGCACGUGGACCCUUAGAA